AUGGUGAAUGAUAUGUCUUUUACAACAAAAGACCGUGAUAACGAUAACUAUUUCGUUAACUGUGCAGUUAAGUAUCGCACUGGAGGAUGGUGGUACAGCAACUGUGGAUAUUCAGAUCUUAACGGUGUCUACCAAACCUCUAACAAAAAGGCCUAUAAAGACAAAAGAUACAGAGAUUGUCAUGAGAUUCUCAAGCAGAACAAAAGUCUGAUGAACCAGAACGGAGUAUAUACAAUUUAUCUUGGAUGUAACACACCACGAAGGGUUUUCUGUGACAUGACGACCAAUGGCGGAGGAUGGACGGUGAUACAGACAAGAUUUGAUGGAUCAACAGAUUUUGAGAGGGAAUGGAAAGAUUACAAGGAAGGCUUUGGGGAAGCAAGUGAGGAAUACUGGUUAGGAAAUGCCGCAAUUCAUGAUCUUACCGAUAGCAGAAAGCAAGAACUAUGGAUAGACCUACAAACUUCUCAAUUGGAAUUUCGUAUCGAACUGGAGGAUGGUGGUACAGUAACUGUGGAGUUUCAGCUCUCAACGGAGUCGUCAACACUCUCAAUAAUAAUAACUGUAAGGAAUUGGAAGUGUGAUCUUUAUUGCCUUUUUGACGAAGAAGAGCUGGUUCUGAUCUACAAAGAUGUGACUGGGGAUGGUUUAGCAGCUGCCCCAACCUCUAAACUUUCCGGAUACUUGUGUUUUGCCCUGUAA